AUGCUUAGGCAAAUCAGAAGGAUGCAUAUCAAAGCCAUUAAAAUGAGGUGGUUAACUGGCGGAGUUAACUACAGUUACUUGGUGUCUACUGAAAAGAAAGAUAAAUCAUGGCUAAUCGACCCCGCUGAAGCUAUGGAAGUCUUGGAGGACCUUAAUAGUAGUGAGAAAAAAUCUAUAACAGCGAUUGUCAAUACACAUCACCACUUCGACCAUUCUGGUGGAAAUGUUGCAAUGGUAGCUGCCUUAAAACUACUGGGAGUUAAGCCAAUCGUUAUUUCAGGCUCACACUUGUCUCCUAUUUGUAACGAAAUACCCGAACAUUUAAAGACUUACCAGUUAGGGGAUUCAAUUGAGGUCCUCUGUAUCAGAACGCCAUGCCACACACAGGACUCUGUAUGUUAUUAUCUGUGGGACAAAGAUACAGAUGAACGAGCAAUCUUUACAGGGGAUACACUUUUUAAUGCAGGCUGCGGGCGCUUUUUCGAGGGUACAGGGGAAGAAAUGGACGAGGCCCUCAAUAACAGACUUCUCAGUCAUGUUGGUCUAGACAAUCUUGCGAAGACUAAAGUUUAUCCUGGUCAUGAAUAUACUAAGGGCAACGUAGAAUUCAUCCGUAAGGAGAUUUAUAAAUCAAAGGGCGACAGCAAAGCAUUUGAUGAACUGGAGAAGUUCAUAUCUUCGCAUGAGGUCACUACUGGUCACUUUAGUCUGCAGGAUGAGAAAAACUACAAUCCAUUCAUGAGACUAGACGACCCAAUUGUUAGACAGCAGGUCGGUGAUCGCACCAAUUCUUGGCCCGCAAGCAAAGUUAUGGAUACGCUUAGACGCAUGAAGAAUAACUCUUAG